AAUCCAGCCACCACUCUCCCUGCCUUCUCAUCGAUUCCCGGUCCCUCCCUCACCACCUGCGUCUAAAUUCUCCAAGCUCAGCAUCUGCAUGAAAGUGAUGGCGCAAGAUGGAGGAGGAGGAGUGCAGGCUAGUGAAUGCACCACAGAGUUGCUAACCCCUCCUCCUCGGACCCCACCGAUGAGCCAAUGAAGGCAGAGUGCCGGGAAAUACAGCAGUGAAACAGCACCGGCAUCUGUCAGUGUGAUGGAACAAUGUUAGACCUUCGCUGAGCAUCUCAUCCAGCCUCUAAAGUCUUGCUUGUGUCUUCUAGGUGACACUGCAACCUGCCAUCUUUGGCUUUUGGAAAUGUCUUUUUAAUACAAAGUGCAGAUUUGGGCUUCUCUUUUCAUCCAAAGAACACAUUCUCAGCUUUGAUUCCAGCUUUGUGUCUUAGGAACGCCGUGCCUCGUCUUGUCCAGCCAUGAAGUUCAACCUGUUCAGGAGGCCACAGCCUGUGGCCCCCGCUGAGCCAACUGGCGCCACCACCGUCACCAUGGCCCCCACCUCAGCCGCCAUCUCCACCGCUGCAGAAAUCUCCAGCUCCAACAACAACAACAACACGGAGAUCAGCAAGAACGACAUGUUUGAAGAGAUCAAGAGCAAGUUCUUGAAUGAAAUUGACAAAAUUCCAUUGCCCCCAUGGGCUUUGAUCGCUAUUGCCGUGGUGGCCGCUUUGCUGGUCCUCACCUGCUGCUUCUGCAUCAUCAAGAAAUGCUGCUGCAAGAAGAAGAAGAACAAGAAGGGCAAGAAAGGCAAGGACGGCUUCAACAUGAAGAACAUGCAGGGCGGUGAGAAACCGCAGGAUGAUGAUGAUGAUGAAGGAGAGACCGGGCUCACCGAAGAGGAGAAGGAAGAAGAGGAGAAAGAGCAAGAGAAGCUGGGGAAGCUGCAAUAUUCCAUUGACUACGACUUUGAAAAUACGAAGCUCACCAUUGGCAUCCUCCAAGCCGCAGACCUCAUGUCCAUGGAUUCGGGAGGAACGUCUGACCCGUAUGUGAAAGUCCUGCUCUUUCCUGACAAAAAGAAGAAGUUUGACACCAAAGUCCACAAGAAAACACUCAACCCUGUCUUCAAUGAGACAUUUGUCUUCAAGGUACCAUAUGAGGAGCUUGGUGGCAAAACUCUUGUGAUGUCCGUUUACGACUAUGACCGCUUUUCCAAACAUGAUGUGAUCGGAGAGGUGAAACUGCCCAUGAACACCAUCGACCUAGGGAGGCCCAUUGAGGAGUGGAGAGAUCUGGAGAGCGCCGAUCAAGAGGAGCCGGAGAAGCUUGGGGACAUCUGCAUCUCCCUCCGCUAUGUCCCCACAGCUGGUAAGCUCACCGUCUGCAUCCUGGAGGCCAAAAACCUAAAAAAGAUGGACGCCUGUGGAUUGUCCGAUCCCUACGUAAAGAUCCAGUUGCUGCAGGGGGGUAAGCGACUGAAGAAGAAGAAGACCACAGUGAAGAAGAACACCCUGAAUCCGUACUACAAUGAAUCAUUUAGCUUUGAAAUACCACUGGAACAGAUGCAGAAAAUCCUUGUUGCUGUUACGGUGUUUGACUACGACAAGAUUGGCAAGAACGACGCCAUCGGUAAGAUCUUUGUGGGCAGCAAGGCCACCGGCCUCGGUCUCAAGCACUGGUCCGACAUGCUGGCCAAUCCUCGCCGCCCCAUUGCCCAGUGGCAUGCUUUGCAGCCAGAGGAGGACAUCGACGGUCAGCUGGCCAAAUUGGCGGCCAAGAAGUAACUGACUCAUACAUUCUUACGGAAACUUUGCAUGACAUAUCCCAAGACCACUUUGUCAAAAAAAAAAAAAGACUCAAAGAAUAUCUGCUCAUCCAUUUGGACAAAUAAGCUUACUGAGAGACUGGAUGAUUGACAUUUAAGUCUUUCCUUGGAGACGGAGCUGGAGCUAAGCUUUUAGUUUAGUUAUUAGCGCAUGCGUUGCCCAUCGUGCCAUGGCUCAACUCACCUACUAAUUAUCCUCACAAUAUGUGUGCUAAAACAACAGCAAUAGAAGGUCGUUUGGUUAGGUCCUAUUUUCUUGUCUUUCGAUGACAAAUUAAGAAUGAAUGACAUCAGGUUGUUUUUAGGUUUGUCUGUCCAAUCAUUUAGAUUAAUAGAGAUAAAGAGAUUGAGAACAUGUUGUUUUCAAAGCAAGGCAUGGGAUAUGGUUAUUGUGCCAAUUUUGUAUGGAAGUAAAACCUUACUCACAUUAGACUGGGCAUACGCUGGGCGAAUCGAAGACCAGUACCGUUGGACAUCAGAAAUGAUUGGUCGUACAUUCAUUCAUUCAUUUUCUACCGCUUAUCCUCACAAGGGUCGCAGGGGGUGCUGGAGCCUAUCCCAGCUGUCUUUGGGCGAGAGGCGGGGUACACCCUGGACUGGUCGCCAGCCAAUCACAGGGCACAUAUAGACAAACAACCAUUCACACUCACAUUCAUUUGGAGUCGCUAAUUAACCUAGCAUGUUUUUGGAAUGUGGGAGGAAACCGGAGUACCCGGAGAACAUGCAAACUCCACACAGAGAUGGCUGAGGGUGGAAUUGAACUCUGAUCUCCUAGCGCUAACCACUCGUCCGCCGUGCAGCCCAUUGGUCGUAUAAUGAUCGGAUUAUUUUCUGUUUCCAAAACCUAGCGGCAAUCAUCUCAUCCAGUUUAACAAAUCCAACAUAUGCAAAUUUUGUUUUGAAGGGAGUGAUAGGCUGACGACUAGUCCGGGGUGUACUCUUCCUUUUGCCUAAAGUCAGCUGGGAUAGGCUCCAGCAAACCCAUGACCCUAGUGAUGAUAAGCGGCAUGGAUGGAUGGAUUGUUUGGAGGUAGCAUUUGAAGGCAAUAUGUCGGUACAAAGCUGAUGAUGACACAACACCUUACCUGCUUCUAGCUAGGUGACCCCAUCCUGUUUAUACGCCCACCAGCUUUUUAAAACGCAGGCUUCACUACCCAUCUUAAAAUUUCUGCCAACUAUCCAUCAGUCCGCCAAAGAAAAUAACUGUAAGUCGCUGAAGUUUAAGUUUAUUUGAUUUUUUCAGUGACUAAAAUAUCUAGCACGAUAAUGCUGUUAAAAUGUGAGUGUAACGUUAGCACUGUAGCUCACAUGACUAUGCUAGUGUUGCUAACAUUUGUGCCAAUCCUUAAUGUUAUGUUGUUGUCUAAUACGUAUAUAUGGUAUCUAUUACAUUGGACAAGUACAGAGUUACAGUGUAUGUGUAAAAAGUGGAUAAAGUACACAAUAGCCUUUCUUGGAUAUAGGCAUGGACAAACAAAGCUAAUUAGCGUUAAAGCUACAAAUACAAAAGGAGGUGUUCCCAGUAAAAAACAACUUUAAACUGUUUAAAUUCUAGAAUCUAGAAUCAAGACUAGAUUUUUUUAUUACAAUAUUGUUUGACAUAUAAAAAAAGUUAGUGAAAAUAUAAGAAUUUAAAAUGUUACCACAUUCAAUGCUAGUAAUGCUAAUGUAACCACCAAGCGUUGCGACGACCAGGGAACCCAGGAAGGCUUGACAGUUGGAUUUAACAAGACUUGACACAUUUCAAAAAUGCUUCCAAACCCUGAGUUUGGACUUUGGAUUACGUUUGCAGCACAUAUCAAGGUAAGUAACCAAAAUGUAUUUGUCUACUAUUUCUACAACAGUUGGAAACAACAUGGAAGUUACAGUUUAAAAACAACACUUCAAAACUGAAACGGCGUAUGCCCAGUUUAAGUGAGAUUGGACCCAGGCUUUGAUUUUAACCUUUUCAGUAGUAAAAUUGUACGCUUCAAAGUCAAAUAAAAUCCCAAAAGGUGAACAUGAGACAUAUCCAACGAGCCAAACAAAGCUGCAGUAUGUAGCAUGCCUCUCAGCCUUGCAGCAUUUCAUUGUCGUCAUGGAAACGCUCUCCCAUCAUCAAUGCCAAAGAGCUAAACACAAACUAGAAACAUUAGAUUUUACUGUUAAGGUUCACAAAAUAGCAAUAGCCAAAAAGCGCUGCCUUUUUCUCUCUUUCACGACAGUCAUAUUGAUGCCAUCACUCCAUCAUGCAUUGGGUUCAUUUGUUAAUAGGCUACAGCAUGUAUGUACAAGAUGAUGUAAAUAUUAGCAUGUUUUAAACAUUAUUAUUAUGUUGUGUAUCUGUGUUUGUCUUCUUGUGUCUUUUUGGAUAAUAAAACAGCUGAAUAAAACGUGUACAGAGACUGUUUUUAAUAGAGGCCUUCAU